GAACCUGCAUACCCAGAAAAACCCUCCAUUCUCCUAUCUCCAACCAUGAACAUCUUCAGAUUCGCCGGCGACAUGACUCACCUCAUCAGCAUCCUCGUCCUCCUACUCAAAAUCUACGCCACCAAAACCUGCUCAGGGAUUUCGCUCAAGACGCAGGAGCUGUACGCGCUGGUGUUCGUGACGCGGUACCUGGACCUGUUCACCGACUUUAUAUCCGUCUACAACACCAUCAUGAAGCUGGUCUUCAUCGGGAGCACAUUGGCCAUCGUCUGGUGCAUGCGGUGGCACCGCGUCGUGAGGCGGUCCUACGACCGCGAGCUCGACACGUUCCGCCACUACUUCCUUGUUGCCGCCUGCUUCGCCCUCGCCCUCGUCCUGCACGAGAAGUUCACGUUCCAAGAGGUCUUCUGGGCCUUUUCAAUAUACUUGGAGGCAGUUGCAAUUCUUCCCCAAUUGGUUUUACUCCAAAGAAGUGGAAACGUGGAUAAUUUGACCGGCCAAUAUAUUUUCUUUCUUGGGGCCUAUCGUGCGUUCUACAUCCUCAAUUGGAUCUACCGCUAUUUCACAGAGCAGCAUUUCAGUCGUUGGAUAGCUUGCAUCUCUGGUCUCGUACAGACGGCUCUAUAUGCAGACUUCUUCUACUAUUAUUUUCUCAGCUGGAAGAACAAUGCUACGCUUAAGUUGCCAGCUUGAACUAGGGCCAUCAUGACAUUAUAGUCGACACUUGUUGAGAUGAAUUACUCUUGUAAUGCUGAGACCUGUACACCUAUGUGCAUGAAUCCAGUUAUCGGAAAAAUCAUGCGCGAAACCACUUAACAUAAAAAUGAUACAGUUUUUCCAUGGUGUUGAACUGAGGAAAAUCCCCACACGUUGGCACGGGAGAAGGAAUUAAUGUUUGGGUGGGUGGAUCAAACACCCGGGUUCACUCGAGGGUUUUGUUUGUAUGUGUUGCAACCUUCAUUUGACGUGUAGAGUGAUUUUGUAAAGCUGAAGAAGGGCCAGUUCAUCUAAUUUCAUGCAUGCUUUAGUACAGAUACAAAGCAUCCAGAGGAGUGUUUUCUUGCACCAAACCAUUUUGUGGUUCAUUCUGGGACCUAACUUAUUUUUUGAAAUAACUGUUAUGGUACUGGAUAUUACUUGAUUUCAUGAAAUGUAUCCCAGUAUUGAACUAA